UUGUAAAAAACAGUACACUUCAAUCGACUAUCAAAACUUUGGAACCUCUUGAACAAAAUGUUAAAAAUAAGAGUAAAGGACCUACUUUUAAAGUUUUCCGUAAAAGUUGUACAAAAGGAUUUGAAGUAGUUAAUUUGGAGACUCUUAAAAUGCAAGGUUUACUACAUCCGGAAGAUACUUCACAUGAAUUCGUACUUAAAAAAGAAAAUGUAAAACCCAUUGCUAUUUAUCGUGUGGGGAGAGGCGAUUUCUAUUAUGUUAUAAUG